UUUAUCAGUUCAUCGUGCUUCUCCAUUGCAGCACUUUCUGUCAUUUCAUUAUCCUAAUUUGUAUUCUCAUUCCUUCUUAAAAAUCUCUUAAUUAUCUUACAUUUACUUUUCUCCCCAGAGAAGCAUUGUCAACCGGCUAAAAUCUGACAUGGAGAGCUUACAAGAAGAAAUCAAGGCCCAACUGUGUGAGGAUCCGACUUGCCAAGUGUGGCAACACAUUGGUUGCGUUAUAAUUCCAGAGAAGCCUAUGGAAGGAAAUCCGACACUUCCUGAUUUCUUUUGUUGUGAGCUUUGUCGACUGAAACGAGCUGAUCCUUUUUGGCUUACUAUUGCAAACCCUUUAUAUCCAGUGAAGUUGGCGAUUGCAAAUAUCCCUACGAAUGGGAAUAUGCACUACUUUGUUAGUAAGCAAAGUACAGGAUGUUGUUGAACUUUGGCCUGCAAUGCAACAGGAAACCAGCAUGCAGACCAGCAUCCAAGCUGAACCAGAUAAGCAGCAGCAUUUUGUUUAUUUUGUUCAUUUGUAACUUGAUUUAGUUGCAAUGUAAUUUAUACUUAAAGUUAGUAGGAGUAGUUGUUGAUUUAUGUUUGAUGUUAUAGCUGGUAUGUCAGCUACAUUUUGUUUGUAAUUCUAUCUAGGCUUUAGUCAUGUAUCUUAUACUUAUGUUGUUACGAAGCUGAUAUUACCGAUUUUAAAAAUGUUUCUGGCAUGUGAACAGGCCUCUGAGCACUUAUGGCUGAAUUUAAUGGUGCACUAGUCCCAUCUGAUUCACUCUCUUAGUAGCUUGUUAUUGAACAAAUGCAGGUAUUGUAGCAUAGCAAUUUCUUAAGACACUUGAAGUUAAAAGGGGUUGCAGUUUCGGGGUUUCCGACAUUAAUAAGGGUUGUUGUCCACAUUUUGUUUAUUUGUUUGGUUUUUCUUUUUCAGUUAAUCAGCAUGCUUGUAUUAAUCCAGAUGCAACAGUAGUUGGAUGAUGAAUGAUAUAAUUGACUCGUUCAAGCUUUUGAUGGUUUUUGAACCAUGAACAAUAAGAAAUGAAUCAGAUAUGUUGAUGAAGAA